AGGAUAGGCUACCUUAGUACUUGGAAGCAAUGGCGGACACCCAUCCGUCCCGCCGCCGCCAAGGUGGGCUCGCUCCAGGGCACCAACGCCUGCCAACGCCCCGAAAAUCCACUCACGUGCAGGGCAGGGCAGCGCCCAAAAGUCAUGCUCCGCUGGGUGAGAGCCUCAAAUCAUCCGUCAUGCUUGCUCCCUGAUGGUGGCUCCAUCCGCCAAACCGCGGUGACGAGUGUGACGAUUGUGUCGUCAUCAGGCACCCAACCAUGGCCGCCGCCUCAGUUGCUACCGCCAAGCAACAGCUGCGGUCUCUGAUGAAGCGGCGAUUGUCGUCGGUGACCCCCGAGUCCGUCACCGUUCAGAGCCGCCACAUCUUCGAGUCCCUCAAGGACUUUGAGCCGUACAGGAACGCCGCACGCAUCAGCAUCUACCUGUCGAUGCCGGCCGCCGAGGUGCAGACCGACGCCAUCGUCCGCCACGCCCUCGCCGCCGGCAAGCACGUCUUCGUCCCCUACCUGCAUAGGCCGCCCGUCGAGAUGUCCGACGCGCCCGCCCGCGUUAUGGACAUGGUGCAUCUGAAGAGCGUCCAGGACUAUGAGAGCCUUACGCGGGACCGCUGGGGCAUUCCCAGCAUAGACCUGGCCACCGUCCACGAGCGCCAGCGCAUCCUCGGCGGAACGGAAACGCAGACGUCCGACGACGACGACGACGCCGCCGCCACGCUGGACCUGAUGCUCAUGCCCGGCGUGGCCUUUGACUUUGACGACGCCGGCUCCGUCCGCAGACUCGGCCACGGCAAGGGCUUCUACGACUUCUUCCUCAACCGCUACUUGGCCCAGCAGCAUAGCAGCCCGGAGCGGCCGCCGCUGCGCCUGUACGGCCUCGCCCUCACCGAGCAGCUCUUGGCUCCCGGCUCGGGCGACGAGGUGCCUACCGGCGCACACGAUCGCCGUCUGCAUGGGUUGGUUUUGGGCAGCGGCGAGAUUCGCCACUCCUCCACAAGUAGCGUCUGAACUGCAACCCCUCCGUCCAUCGACUGCUGAGUCCAUUCUGCUACAUCACCCGUGUACCUAUGUGUUAAGACUUGCGUGCCGACGCAGUGGGCUUUGCUUCACGCCUCAGCUUGUCGGGCCAGCGUACUUCGUAUACCAAGUACUUCGUACCUCAUACUGUAUAAAGUACUCCACUGCCAUAUACGACUGCACUCGUUCCGCGUCAAAGAUCAGAGUCGCGCGGCUGGCCGAAUGCAUGCGCACUCGCCGUUGUAAAACGUCAUACUGGCCCAGUAUGAAUGAAUGCAAUAAUCAAUCUCAACAUCCUGUCAUGCCAUUUUUUGUCGACCCCGUCUUUCAAGCCCCCCGGCUGAAUGUGUCAUUGCUCGUCCUGUUGUUGCUGUGCCGAUUGGCGGCCACCCGGAGC